AUUUGAACCAUUUUCAAGGUCAACGUACACCACUUGACUGAUUAUAUCAGAGGUUAUCUCUUCAAUACACUGGAUAUUUGUGAAAAGUCUACAUGUCAACACUUUGCAGAAUUUUGGGUCGCUUUCCUCCUGUCUAUUUGAAUUUUAAGCAAGACGCUAGGACGUUAUACAAUCCUAAAUUGCUUCGGCAGGAAUCCUUGUCAUAUAGUACAAACUUCAAGACCGUUGAGGAUGAAGGUCCUAAGCACACCAUCAUUGAUGGUAAUGAACGGAGUUGUGGUCCAAAAAUAAAAGUAGGAUUUCAAGCUGAAACACAAAAGUUACUGGAUAUCGUCGCUAAAUCUUUGUACUCAGACAAAGAGGUGUUCGUUCGUGAGUUGAUAUCAAAUGCAAGUGAUGCUAUUGAGCGUCUGAGAUUUCAACGUCUUUCUGGCCAAGUUUCAUCCAGUUUAAGUGAUGAACCUUUAGAAAUACACAUAAGGACAGAUGAAGCGAAGAAAAUUCUCGUCAUUCAAGACACAGGAAUUGGGAUGUCUAAAACUGAGUUGGAAAAAAAUCUUGGAACUAUAGCACAUUCUGGAAGCAGAGAGUUUGUUUCUAGUAUGACUGGCAACAAGGACAGCCAAAAAUCUGUUGACAUUAUUGGUCAAUUCGGAGUUGGUUUUUACGCUUGUUUUAUGGUAGCUGAUAAGGUUGAUGUUUAUUCCCGCAGUCACAGAGACACGAACCCUCAGGAAGUUGGAAGCCAUUGGUCUUCUUCUGGUCUUAACGGAGAAUAUGAAAUUGGUGAUGCUGAAAAUGUUAAUCCUGGUACAAAAAUUGUUCUUCAACUGAAGGAUUCAGCUUCCGAAUUUUCUAAAGAAGAUGUAUUGGAACGUAUUCUCCGUAAAUACAGCAAUUUCGUUAGUACCCCUAUUUAUCUGAAUGGCCGACGAAUCAAUGUAAUUGAACCAGUAUGGACUAAAAAUCAAUCAGAAGUAUCUGAUGAAGAACAUAAUUCUUUCUACCAGUAUCUUUGUGGUAACAAGUACGAUAGUCCACGUUACACUUUUGCAUACAAAACGGAUGCACCGAUAAAUUUGCGAGUACUUUUGUAUGUCCCAAACUGGAAACCUAGUAUAUUUGAUAUGGCGCGGGAUUCGGACAAUGGUGUGGCACUAUACAGUCGAAAGGUUAUGAUAAUGAAUCGUACAGAAGUACUUUUACCGAAAUGGCUACGUUUUCUGCGUGGUGUUGUUGAUAGCGAGGAUAUCCCCUUAAACUUGAGUAGGGAAUUGCUGCAAGACAAUUCACUUAUACGUCGCAUCAACCGUUUGGUAACUGUCAGGUUCCUCAAAUUUUUAUCUCAACAAGCAUCACGGGAAACAGAAAAAUUCAUUAGCUUUCUGGAUGACUAUGGUGUUUAUUUGAAAGAAGGCUUAGUAAUUGAGGGAGAUCAAGAAUUACGCGAAGAAAUAGCUAAACUAUUACGAUGGGAAUCUACUGCCUUACCUCCUGGUCAAACUACUUGUUUGGAUGAAUAUGCUAACCGAAUGCAUUCAGGUCAGAGAAAUAUUUACUUUUUAUCAUCCCCCAACAGACAGUUGGCUGAGAGUUCUCCAUAUUUGGAAGCUGUCCGCAAAAAAGAUCCAGAUAUUGAGGUCCUGUUUUUGUAUGAACCGUACGACGAACUUGUUCUUAUGCAAUUAAGUCAAUACGACAAAAAAACGUUGACGUCGAUUGAGAGUAUGAUCGCUGAUGAUAUGGCAAAUACUGACUCAGUUGGAUCUGAACGCCAAAAUUGCUUAAAACAGGAUGAGGCGUCGGAGUUGGUAGAAUGGGCAGAAAAAGUUCUUGGUUCAAAAGUCAAGAAAGUGAAAGUUACACAGAGGUUGAGUACUCAUCCAUGCUUUGUUUCUGUUCGUGAAGCUGGAGCAAUGAGACAUUUUUUGAGAACAUCUUUGGCUGACAGACCUGCUGAAGAAAGAUAUCGUGUUAUUGAACCAAUACUAGAACUUAAUCCAGAACAUGAACUAGUUCGAUAUCUGUAUAAUUUAGUUCAUGCUUCCAAAGAUUCUGAACAAAGUGGAGAUUAUUCUCUAGCAAUUUCAAUCUUGAAUCAUUUUUAUGACACGGCUAUGGCUCAAGCGGGUCUCUUAGAUGAUGUUCGUGGACUUGCGUCUCGAACGACAGAUUUAGUCGAGAAAUUAGUUGGAAAGACUAAAUAAAUAAAAUGUUUUCCUCUAAAUUUCAGCAUUUUGUUCAUAUAUUUAUCUGUUUACUCUUUAUUAAAAUGUAAAGUAAACUUUUCUAUCUAUGACAAUAUAUGAUUAUCCAUAUUCA